AUGAACAUGCGAUACACAGACACUAUACCACUUGUCAGUAAGGAUGGCGAUAAGGAAUCGAUGGUAUGUUAUGAGAGGGGCCACCGAUUUGUGGUACUCUUGGAAGAGACCAUCGAUUGUGUGGACGAGUUUAUGCGACUCAACGCACAGCUCAUUUCCGAGUGCCGGAAACUACUCGCACGCGUCAAUCGGCACAAUAGGCGCACAAAUUACGCCCGACUGGUUGGCGUCGGUCUGUCGGCCAUCGGUGCCGUCACUUUACUAGUAAAGUUGUGGCCGCUCACCGGCGUUGUGGCCGCCGUUGUGGCCAUAGGUGGCGGCGCCACUACAGGUGUCGGUACCAUUACGCAGGCGGGCGCGCAUUUGGGCAACUAUUUCCUGUCCAAAAGUUUUUAUAAACGCCUGUUCGCGUUGGCCGAUAGGCGUAACCAAAGUGCCGACCGUUUGAGACGCAAAUUGGCUCAGUUUGACGACUUGUUGGCCGACAGUAUAGGUCUCGACAAUAUUUCAGUGGACGGCCUUUCACUUUACAAAGCACUCAAAGCGUUGGCCAAACUGGUCGGCGGAACCGCUUUUACUGUCGGCAGUGCGACCAUCAAUACAAAUAGAGUGUUGGAUGGUUUGGCGGCUUUGGGCGCCAUCCCUGUGAUCGAAAGUGGUCGUUUCCUGCUAUACAUCAAGUCCAUGGUGGGCGGCAAAGUGGGAGUGAAAAUAGGGAUAGCUGUGGGCCGGUUGGCCUGGACUGCAUGGGAUGCCUUUGAGUUGUAUCGGGACUGGAAUAAAGCGCACCCGACUGUGGAGGCCAUCAAUGGGUUGAUCACUGAUUUGGAAAGCGAUCACAAGAAUAUUCAAUCCGUACUCAAAUCGAGAUCUUUGCCGUCCAAUGGAUCCAACGCUGAAGACAUGACACUCACAGACACUAUACCCGUCAUUACCAUCGAAGACGACGACCCGACGGAACCGAUGGACGACAAGAGCGGCUCUGAGCGCAACGCUGACCACCAAUUCGUGCGACAAUUGGAUGAGGAGUUGGAAGCGCUCAACGAAUGUGUCCACGAAUUCUGGCUCAAGAACUCAUCGCUCGUGGAGUCGUGUGAGGAACUGCUCGCACGAGUCAAUCGACACAAAAGGCGUACAAAUAUCGCCAAAUCGGUGGCCACAGGUGUGUCGGGCGUCGGAGGGCUGGCACUCGUCGGUGGCGUAGCGUUGGCUCCGUUUACGGGCGGACUGUCAACAGUGUUGACAGUGGGCGGAGGGGCCACCACUGCCGCCGCCGCUGUCACCACCAUUGGCGCCGAUGUGGGCGACUAUUUCCGCUCCAGAGGUUUCUAUCAACGCCUGCGGGCGAUGGCCGACAGCCGUAACGCCUGUGCCGUCCGUUUGAGCCGCAAAUUGGCUGAGUUUGAUGUCUCGCUUCGCGACGCGUUUGGCCUGAAUCGGGCCAAUCAGGUGUCCGGCGAUGGGCUCGGCGUUGGCAGAGGUGUGGAACUGAUGUACAAGAGUUCUGUGGGUUUCUAUAAGAUGGGCAACAAUGCCGUGAAGCUGAUGGACGCCGUCCAAGAGUUCCGCGCCUUCCGAGUGGCCAAAAGUGUCAAAACCGCUGAACAAAGCGCUUCCGCCUCACAGAAGAUGGGCAAAAGUGUCGUCUCUUUGUUGCCGACAGAGACUAAUGCUGUGGUGAAGUCAGCGGUUCCGGCGACCGGCAAAUUGGCGCUGAAGGGAGGAAUGGCUGCCUUCACUCUGGCGCUGACAGUCGUGGACGCCGUGUAUUUGGUUCGGGACUGGAAUAAAGCGCACCCGACUGUGGAGGCCAUCAAUGGGUUGAUCACAGAUCUGGAGAGCGAUCACAAGACUAUUCAAUCCAUUCACGCAAUGAUAAAGAGGGCAUUCAGUGAUGAUGUGCUCGACGAUCAGCUCAUCGAUGAGAUACUUAACGCCAUCGAAGGCACCAAUGAUUGCCAUACGAUCGCCGAUUCGGACGCCGAAGAAGUGGACAAUAGUAUUAGUAUUGAUUUGAAUGGCGAUAGCGUUUCGUAUAGGAAUUUACAGACAAUUUGCAAACGAAUUGAGUCUUAA